CUCCGUACGCGGGUGAUGUGGCCGGUGUGACGUGUCCUGAUCUCCAGCGUCAUGGCGUCGCAACAGGGAGAAGUGGACGAGCUGUUCGACGUGAAAAACGCCUUUUACAUCGGCAGCUACCAGCACUGCAUUAACGAAGCGCAGAAAGUAAAGACAUCAGGUCCAGACAAAGAGUUGGAGAAGGACGUUUUCCUCUACAGGGCAUACAUUGCACAGAGAAAGUAUGGAGUGGUGCUGGACGACAUCAAGCCCAGUUCCUCUGAGGAGCUGAAGGCUGUCAGGAUGUUCGCAGACUAUAUGUCUAAUGAGGGCAAAAGGGAUGCGAUCGUGGCUGAGCUGGAUAAGAAGAUGAGCAAAAGUGUAGAUGUCUCAAACACCACCUUCCUGCUGAUGGCCGCUUCCAUCUACCUGCACGAGAUGAACACAGACGCUGCCCUGCGAACGCUUCACCAGGGAGACAGCCUCGAGUGCAUGGCGAUGACUGUCCAAGUACUUCUCAAGCUGGAUAGAGUCGACAUGGCAAGGAAGGAGCUGAAAAAGUUGCAGGAACAGGAUGAAGACGCUACGCUCACUCAGCUGGCCACAGCCUGGGUCAACCUCGCUGUGGGAGGAGAGAAGCUGCAGGACUCCUUCUACAUCUUCCAGGAGAUGGCUGAUAAAUACUCUCCCACGCUGAUCUUGCUGAAUGGCCAGGCCGCCUGCCACAUGGCCCAGAACAAAUGGGACGAGGCCGAGUCUGUCCUGCAGGACGCCCUGGACAAAGACAGCAGCCACCCUGAAACACUCAUCAAUCUGAUUGUCCUGACACAGCACCUGGGCAAGCCUCCCGAGGUUACAAAUCGCUACUUGUCCCAGCUCAAAGACGCCCACAGAUCCCAUCCUUUCAUUAAGGAAUAUCUCACUAAGGAGAAUGAGUUUGACAGACUCGCGAUGCAGUACGCUCCCAGCGCCUGAAACGGCUGACGCCAGCUUUUCUUCUCGAACUCUCCUGUAACUUCUGAAAGCGGUCAUCACAAGACAUUUGUCCCUUUUUUAUCGUCUACAGCAUGUUCUGACCUCUUUAAGCAUUCCUGUAUACUUGUUAAAUAAAUCUGUUUAUCAUGUGA